AUGUGGUAUGAAAACGAAACACAAACUACAUUGCUGUACACUGAGCCGUCUCAAACUUUUAUGGGGCAGUCGCUAAUAUUUCCCUCCACCGCGAACGGGCGGAUCAAUUUGGCGCCUUUCCAAAACCAAAACGAUUUCAGAACUGCCGGUUCGUUCAGUAUAAAGGAAAAAAAAGAAGGUAAAAGAACAAUCGGCGCGAGAAACCCAUACAUCUUCCUACACUGCCGUGUAACCUCACCGGAAACCAUCCGUCGCCGCCGUGAGAUCUCACCGGUAAACUUUUUCCCGCCGCCGAUGGACUGUCGACCGAAGCGACCGCAGACCACAGGAUUCGCUGGAAGGAAUCUGAGGAGAAAGCUCGAUAAGGAUUUCGGGGAAACCGUCAUCGAUCACAACAUCGGGAUCCGACGCCAGGUGGAAGUUCUCAAAACAUGCUUCUCCGAUGUAGAAUCCAGUCGCGCAGCCGCCACUGUUGCCGCUCGUGCUCUCUGCGACCUCGCCGAAAAUGAGGAAAACGUGGAUUUAAUCGUUAGAUUUGGCGCUGUUCCUGCUCUUUUGGGGUAUCUAGAUCUUCCGCGGUCGUUGGGACAUUGUGAAAAUGGCCAGGGGUUGAGUGAUCACGUGUUGGAGAAAGAAUGCGCUGCUGCCCUCGGACUUAUUGCGAUUAAACCUGAGUACCAGCAACUUAUUGUGGAUGCCGGGGCCAUAGGCCAUGUCGUGAAGUUAUUGAAUAGACCAUAUGUUCCCUGUGGGUGCAAGGCUGCUAAAUCAUUACUCAGAAGAGCUGCUGAUUUGAUCACCCAUAUUUCUCAUGAGAAUCCAAGGAUUAAAACAAUCGUGAGGACCGAAGGUUGCAUUCCACCUCUUGUCAAGCUUUUGAAUUUUCUUGACGUUAAAGUACAGAGGGCAGCUGCAGGGGCCUUGAGAACCCUUACAUUUAGGAAUGAUGAGAACAAGAAUAUGGUUGUUGAGUUAGAUGCUUUACCAUCGCUGGUAUUGAUGCUUCAAUCGAACGAUCCUUCUGUACAUGGCGAAGCGAUUGGUGCAAUUGGGAAUCUUGUUCAUUCAUCUCCAGACAUCAAAAAGGAGGUUCUUCGUGCUGGUGCUUUGCAACCUGUUAUUGGUCUGCUGCGUUCCACCUGCCAAGAGACACAGAGAGAAGCAGCAUUGUUGCUAGGCCAAUUUGCAGCACCUGAUUCAGACUGCAAGGCACAUAUCGCCCAAAGAGGAGCCAUCCCACCCUUAUUAAAAUUGCUUCAAUCGCCAGAUGAGCAUCUCAAGGAAAUGUCGGCAUUUGCUCUUGGUCGCUUAGCUCAGGACACACACAAUCAAGCUGGGAUCGGACAGAGUGGCGGCAUAGUAUCACUCCUAAGCCUUCUUGAUAUGAAAACAGGGGCUGUUCAACAUAAUGCUGCGUUUGCUUUGUAUGGACUUGCUGAUAACGAGGAUAAUGUUGCAGAGUUUAUCAAGGCCGGCGGUGUUCAAAAGCUUCAAGAUGGUGAAUUAUAUGCGCAACCGGUUAAGGAUUGUGUGACAAGGACAUUGAAGAGACUGGAAAACAAGAUUCAAGGACGCGUAUUAAACCAGUUAUUAUAUCAAAUGAGAAUUGCGGAUAAAACAAUCCAAAAGCGAAUUGCUCUAGCUUUAGCACAUCUUUGUGAGCCUGAAGAUGGAAAGUUGAUUUUCAUUGAUAACAAAGGCUUAGAGGCUCUAAUGGAGCUUCUAGAUUCCAGAAACCCUGAACAUCAGAAAUCCAGCACAGAGGCUUUAUACAAAUUAGUAACGAAAGCCGCCUCCUCUGGUCCGGAGAAUGCAGCUCCUUCUUCCCCAGUCCAACGCGUGUUUUUAGGUGAGAAGUUCGUGAAUGAUCCUACUUUGUCUGAUAUCACCUUCCUCAUCGAUGGUAGACAAUUCUAUGCCCACAAGAUUUGUUUGGUAGCUUCUUCAGACACGUUCCGUGCACUGUUUGAUGGCUUUUACAAGGAGAAGGAUGCUCAAAACGUUGAGAUCCCGAAUAUAAGAUGGGAAGUUUUCGAGCUUAUGAUGAGAUUCAUAUACACCGGAACUGUUAACAUCACCAGAGAAGUGGCUCCAGAUCUGCUUAGAGCGGCCGAUCAGUAUCUUCUCGAAGGGCUAAAACGUCUCUGCGAAUACACCAUCGCUCAGGAUAUCUCCGUCGAUAACAUAUCAUUAAUGUAUGAGUUAGCCGAUGCAUACAAUGCCUCGACAUUGAGACGAUCUUGCACGCUAUUCGUUCUCGAGCAUUUCGAUAAGUUGAUGAGCACCAAGCCCUGGUUUAGGAAAUUUGUAGAGGAUAUCAUACCAGAAGUUAGGAGUUACGUCACCGAGGUUCUGACCCGUUCGGUCCAUUGUGACCAAACCACUGUAUAGAUCAGAUCUUUUGGAUUUUGGUCAACUUUCCCUGGAUGCAUUAUCGGUUUUGUAUAUCAUUAAAUGCCGAUUA